UUACAGCCAAGUUCUACUUCUGAAUCUGUGGAUCAACUACUAAACAAAAAUAGAGAGGGAGAAAAAUCAAGAGAUUUGAUCAAAGACAAAGUUGAACCAAGUGCUAAGGAUUCUUUCAUUGAAAAUAAUAGCAGCAACUGCACCAGUGGCAGCAGCAAGCCGAAUAGCCCCAGCAUUUCCCCUUCAAUACUUAGUAAUACGGAGCACAAGAGGGGCCCUGAGGUCACAUCCCAAGGGGUUCAGACUUCCAGUCCAGCAUGUAAACAAGAGAAAGAUGAUAAAGAGGAGAAGAAAGAUGCAGCUGAGCAAGUAAGGAAAUCAACAUUGAAUCCCAAUGCAAAGGAGUUCAACCCUCGUUCCUUUUCUCAGCCAAAGCCUUCUACCACCCCAACUUCGCCUCGGCCUCAAGCACAACCUAGCCCAUCUAUGGUGGGUCAUCAACAGCCAACUCCAGUUUACACUCAACCUGUUUGUUUUGCACCAAAUAUGAUGUAUCCAGUCCCAGUGAGUCCAGGCGUGCAACCUUUAUACCCAAUCCCCAUGACGCCCAUGCCCGUGAAUCAAGCCAAGACAUAUAGAGCAGUUUCAGGAAUCCAGAAGCAGCUUAUCUGGGUGGUUCUGCCUUGGGGUCUCUUAUGAAGUUGCAGAUAAGAUAUGAACUAGGACUGCAGUUAUCUGAAGGGUUAACUGAAGCUGGAAGAUCUGUAUCCAAAUUCAAAGCUGUUGGCAGGAAGCUUCUUUAGGCUCCUUAACCCAUGGUUUUCUCCAUACCACUGGUCAUGACCUGGCAGCUGGUUUCUCCCAAAAUGAGUAUUCAGAGAGAAACAGCCCUAAACAAAAACUGCAGUGUGUUUUACACCCUAAUCUUGGAAGUGACAUGUCAUCAGUUCUGCUGUAUGCUAUUGGUCACAUAAAGCAACCCUGGUACAGUGUGGGAGGAGACUGAAGACCAGGAGUUGGUGACUGGGGACCCUCUUAGUGGUUGGCUCAUUUAUGUUUUCCUACAACAUGCAUAAAACAUUUUCAAAAUAUUUGUUGUAU